AUGGCGCAGAGGAGAAGAGCCUGUGGCGGCUACGGUGGCGGUUACGGUGGCGGUUAUGGUGGCUAUGACAAUGGCGGCGGCCUCAACGAACAGCAACGCCGAACGCAGAUGAAACGCGAGAGAGAGACGAACCAGUUCUUCAUGUUCCAGAGACAGAUCUUGCAGCGAGGCAUGGAUGUCGCCCAGGAUCUGUCAGAUGAAGAGUGGGACAUGGAAGAGAGAAGGAUCUUCGGAGAAAACCAUGUGAAAGCUGGCAUCAACUUCUCCAAGUAUGACAGCAUCGAAGUUACACCUGAGGGUGGCACCGGGAGAGAGCAGCCCAUUGCGUCGUGCCUGUGCUGCAAGGAUGAUGGGCGAGUCGAUGGUACAUGCUGGCUGGACGUGAUCCGUAUGAUCAUGUGGUUCCAAGAAGCUUGUGAGAAGUACAGUCUGCCGGAUGAGCUUACGGCCAACCUCCAGCGCUGUGGUUAUGACACCCCCACGCCAGUCCAGAAGUACAGCAUCCCUGCAGUACUCGAAGGAAGUGAUGUCAUGGUAUCUGCGCAGACCGGAAGUGGAAAAACUGCGGCUUUCCUGGUGCCUAUCAUCACAGCUGCCUUGCAAGCGGGCAAGAAGGAGCUCGAACAGGAGGGGGCCGUUUGCCCCACGUGCGUUAUCAUGACGCCAACGCGCGAGCUAUGUGAGCAAAUCGCCCAGGAGGCCCGCCGGCUGACUUUCAGGAGCUUUGUGCGUGUGGCUGCUGUCUACGGAGGCCAGGAUGCGAUCACACAGCUGCGGCAAAUAGCCGGCGGGGUCGAGAUUGUUGUUUGCUCGCCUGGGAGAAUGGACGACUUCCUGGAACGGGGAGUCAUCAGCAUGGAGGAGGUGAAGUUCCUUGUCAUGGAUGAAGCAGACAGAAUGUUGGACAUGGGCUUCGAACCCCAAAUCCGACGCAUCAUUGAUGAAUAUGGUAUGCCGCAGCCCGGUGAGGGCGGGCGGCAAACAAUGAUGUUCUCGGCGACUUUCCCUCAGGAGAUGCAGGACAUGGCCCUAGAUUUCCUGGAUCCGGCUUAUUAUGGCAUCAAGGUGGGACAGGUUGGCCACGCAGCGACGGAUGUCGAGCAGUUCUUCGAGCAGGUUGGCCCUCGAGACAAGAACGAUCGGCUGCUAGACGUGCUCAAACAGGUGACUGAUGAGGACGGCAAGGUUGGCAGGACAAUUGUUUUCGCGAACACGAAGAACACCGUUGACGACAUCGCCUGGAGCUUGCAGAAUGACGGAAUCCCUGCGCAGCCCAUGCAUGGAGGUUUGAACCAAUCGCAAAGAGAUCGAGCUUUAGACUUGCUCAAGCGCGGCAGGUUCAAUGUGCUUGUGGCCACUGACGUCGCAGCGCGAGGGCUUGACCUCCCAGGUGUCGAGCAUGUCGUCAAUUACGAUUUGCCUACAGAUGGUGAUACCUAUGUCCAUCGCAUCGGCCGGACCGGGCGAAUUGGCAACAAGGGUCGGGCUACAUCCUUCGUGUCGAAAUGGGACAAUGCGUCAAACUUGAAGAUCAUCGUCCGCGCGAUGAAAGAUGCAAAGAAGGAUGACCCGGAGGCCACGGAUGUGCCGGAUUGGCUGGAGGAGCUGGCCAUCACCCGACCAGGAGGAGGUAUGGGUGGUGGGCGGGGCCGUGGUGGCCCCGCCCGAUAUUGA